ACCUCCUAUAAUUGCAGUGACUUUUGUGUUUGUGAAACCUAUCGGGAGAGAACUAGAUUUUACUCUGAUAUGCAUCAGUGCAACACUGAGUCCCAUCGCACUUCUAGUGUGUAAGAUCAGAACAGAGACCAGCUGGGGGGAGAAAGGUGUCGGGCACGAAUGUGACUCCAGAUUCCCACUUAUGGAAGAAAAUCGGACUAUAUUACUCCACCUGACCGGUUUGACACCAGUGGAUAGUGGGAGCCACACCUGUGAGUGUUCACAUCCAUAUCACUGUGGAAGGAGAAGAAGAAGCUAUCAGCGCUCAUUUCUACCACUGUGAUUGGUAGUGCUGGCGCAUUUAUCAUUGCAACCGGAUUUGUCCUUGGGCUUAUCCUGAGAAAGAAUUAUUGCAGGUGAAACAUCGCACUUUACAACAAAAUGCAUAUCUUUAUUACUGUGCUUUUCUCAACAUAAACUACUACCUACAGCUCCAGUAUGAAGUAAAAGAGUGCAAAGAUAAUUAAGGAUACAAAUUUGCAGCAAGGAGUAACCUUAAUUUCCAUUCUACUGUUGCUAGAUGAAGUGUAGUUGCUUCUCUCUCUAUGUGAAACCCCCCCGGCUCUUUGGUGAGCAAUGUAUUCUUUUCUUUUAAACCUUUCAAUUUAGUGAGUACCUCAAUCUUUGUAUGCACUUCUACAUUUAUAUAUGUUUCAGGCAUUAAGCUGACAAAGAUUUAACAAAGAAAAGGUUUUUGAAAAUGAAUUCAUGAAAUUAUGUACUUACACAUUAUACCUGUGAGUGUUCAUAUGAUGGAGGAACACUUGUUGUCCAUCUCAAUUGCUGUAAGUAAGUUGUUCAGAAGAGAUUAAAGAGCCUUAUGUGAGAUUCUCGCAGGUUGAAUACAACAUAUACCUGGUAUUUCUUUUCUUGAACUUGUUUAGCAGAUGUAGUGGAAGGAACUUCUUGUUGUGGGUUCAAGAAGUAGCACAUGUAUUUAGGUGCUCUACUUCCUAUGUCUUUGCCUGAUUAAUAAUAAUAUAAUCUUCUCAUUGCCUCAUCAAAGUAAAUACCUGUGAUUGGGGUUGUGCAUCCAGUGAAAAUUAUUUAGAUCAAUGCUACUUUCUCCCAAACAUUGACUUUCUAGAGUAUCCUAACAUGAAAGCAAAAGCGUUCACGUGUUGCACUUCCUUUUUAGAGGACCUCACAUCACCUCGUACCUCUGAGAGAGCUCAGAGUUUGAGGUUUAGAUGGCCACAGUACAAACGUGUCAGUGUGUCCUCCUCCUUUACAGUACAUCAUAGUGUACCCUGCCAGCAGCAGUUGCACCAGUAAUGGGUAGAUGGAAAAUAUGGUUAGUUCUGCUCCUGCAGCUAACUUUGUAUGUCUUCAACACCAAAGAGACUGGGAAGCAACUGCAGAAAACCAUCGGGAGCAAACCAGAUGUUACUCCGAUAUGCACCAAUACAACACUGAGUCCCAUCGUCCUUAUAGUGUGUAAGAUCAGAAAUGAGACGAGCGGCGGAGAAGAGUGUCGUCUGCUGUAUCGAUAUGGACAGGACUUUGAGAACAAAUGUGACUCCAGAUUCACUAUUAUGAUGGUGAAUCAGACUGUAUUUCUCCACCUGUCUGGUUUGACACCAGGGGAUAGUGGAAAUCACACCUGUGAGUGUACACAUUCUGGUGGAACGGAUAUUCUCCAUCUUAAUAUCACUGUGGAAGGGGAUGAAGAUGCCAGCAGUUCUACGGACAUGCCUUUCCUCAAUGCUGUAAUUAUUGGUGUAAUUAUAUUCAUCAUAAUAACUGGAGUUGUCCUCGGAUGGAUCCACGGAAAAAAUCACCACAGAAGACAAUCAGAAGUGCUGACAAGUGAUGCAAACACGGAGCCAGAAGACAUUGAGCCGUACAUUACCUACAUACAGAAAGAGAACGAGCUUUACUCAACUGUGAUAUAAUUGACUGUGUUUACCUGAUACAAAUUGAAAGAUGCUUUUGAAGAGUUUUAAUUCUACAAUAUGUACUCUGAUGUGAUGCGUGUAUCUGACUGAAUUGCAAGUAAAGCAGGGUCUGCUGUCCAGGGCACUAACUUACUUUUUUGCAUUUCAUUCUAAAACUGAUCAAGCUCACCUGUUUUCUAUUAAUCUUAUUGUAAGUUUAAUGUUUUAA